UUGCAGGGCACACGGUGGAGGUGGCGUGCCCCUGGCUGGCUGCCGCCACGCCGCCGCGGGGCGGGGGAGGGGCGGGGGCACGGCGCUGACCGCACAUGUUGACGGGCUGUCACUCCGAGUUGCGUUGCGGCCGGGAUAAGACGGGCAGCUCCUUCGGUCCUGGCGACCUCUCCUGUGAAAGGCAAGCGUGGCAGAGCAGCGGCAGCGGCAGUGGCGAGGGAGACGAGACGCCGUGCGGGGCAACACAUGGCCGGUGAUGGCUCUCCCGUGACGCCCCUCCCGCGGCGCCGCCCGUCGAGCUGAGCGUCCUGGUGGCUAGUUCCGGAGUGCUCGCGGGUUGGCAUGGCGUCCCAGGGCCUCGCCAAGCAGUCCUGUUCCCCGCGUGCCAAACUCCUGCCCGCUGGCCGCUAAAUGGAAGAACCUGAGAAUUGGCUCUUGUCCCUCACACUCCGCGGCGGCCUGAGUCCCGCCCUCAAGAUGUAGAGACCUCCACGCCUCCCUGCAGGACGACAGGCUGUGUGCAGGACGGCGGGACAGGACAAGGGCGGGGCAGGAUUCGUGUCGACGCGUUAUUUAUGCAGACGCCCACAAACACACUCACAAACACACAAGCACAUACCCUCAAUCCUUCUAAUAGACUCCAUGUGUGAGAAGACAACGCUGUAGACUCUUAGAAGCAACGCUGGUGUCUGUUGUAACAUGUGAAACUCUUCGCAUAGACUGACUGACCUUCUUGCCAGUGGGAAGAACGGUGCAGAUGUGAAUAAGAACUGAGCAGUGUUCGUGUCUGUGUAACAUUUAUUAAAGUGGACAAACUACGCUGCUCUCAAGGCUACUGGCGGCGGCGGCGGCGGUGCAGUGUGACUGAGAAUUGAUCAUUACCUUGUAAAAAACAUUAAUUCUCCUCAAACAUCUACUGAGAGAGCCGCCAGCGCCCCUCUGAGACCCACGGCGGUAGGGCAGCAAGGGCGUGAGCUAUCUUGUUUACUGAUCGGCGCAGCGAGGCGAGGAUGAGGAGAGUGCGGCCCGGAGCGUGGAUGGUGGUGGUGCUGGUCGCCGCCUUGGCCUGCCACCACGUCACGGCGACCUGGUGGCUCCUUGGACUCAACAGUGCCCAGAUGCAGAGUUCGGCGGAGCUGGAGCCACACAGGUACCGCGAGGAGUGCAACAACUUGACCUACCUCGUGGCUAAACAGAAGCAGCUGUGUCGCCUCUCCCAGAACGUGCUCAAGACGGUGAGCCAGGGCGCCAGGAUGGGCAUCAGUCAGUGCCAGCAUCAGUUCAGCAUGCACCGCUGGAACUGCUCCACCUUCAGCGAUUCCCCUUACGUGUUCGGCCACCUCCUCCGCAUAAAGAGCAGGGAGAAGGCCUACGUGUACGCCAUCUCAGCGGCGGGCGUGGCGUACAGCGUGACGCGAGCCUGCAGCCGCGGGGAGCUGACGGAGUGUGGCUGCGAUGAGCGGAUCCGGCAGCGACCCACGCGAGGCAGGUGGGUGUGGGGCGGGUGCUCGGAGGACCUACGCUUUGGGGAGUACUUCAGCAAGGAGUUUGUGGACGCGCGGGAGGCGAGGAACACAGCGGAGGGACUCAUGAACUUGCAUAACAAUGAGGCCGGACGACGGGCCAUCAGGUCAGAAAUGGAGUUGGUGUGCAAGUGCCACGGUGUCUCGGGGUCCUGCUCCAUGCGGGUGUGUUGGCGCAGGAUGGGUGCCUUCACAAACAUUGGUGACUCCCUUCUGCAGCGCUUUGAGGGAGCCUCCAUCGUCAGAUUUGUAAAGAAGAGAAAGAGAAAGAAACUCCGCCCACUGAAGAGAGGCUUCAAGCGGCCCACCAGACGGGACCUGGUGUACCUGGAGGAGUCCCCAGACUACUGCACCAGGAAUGAGGAUCUUGGUGUGUUGGGGACAACUGGUCGACUUUGCAACAAGACAAGCUGGGGCAUGGAUGGCUGCCGGCUGCUGUGCUGCGGUCGUGGCUACCAGACCAUGGUUAAGGAAGUUACGGAAAAGUGCAAUUGUAGGUUUGUUUGGUGUUGUAAGGUUCACUGUGAGAAGUGUCAGGUGUCUCGUGAGGAACAUUAUUGUAACUGAGUGUGGUAAGUUUAAGGUGAGUCAAAGCAAGGCUAGAAAUGAUGGGAUGUGUGCCACCUAAUCUAACCAGUAUUUUGUAUUCUCUAGAUACUGUACCCAUGUUUCUUAUCUUGCAUGUACGAAUGAUUUAUCUUAUAUUUUCAAUGACUCAACAUUUUUGUUGAUUUAAUAGAUCUACUUCACUUAUAUAAUAGAGAAUCUUCCAGAAAUAUAUAAAUGUCUUUGAGCUUUAUGAAAAUCUGGAAUUAAUUACUAAAUGGCCUAAGAACACUGUUGAUGUGCACUCCAAGUUCUUGAAGGCACCAAACUGGGGCAAGAUUUUUCCUCAGUGAUUUGUGUUUUGAAUGAGUUUACUUAAUUCUUAAUUAAUUAAUUCUGUAUUUCUGACUGCAUCAGUUUUUGGGAUUGAUGCUGCAUGCAAGGCAUUGUGAGCUUCUUGUCCAUUCAAAAUAAUUUCUUGUGAAGGUGGUUUUAAGAAUUUUAUAACUGCAAUACUUGGCCAUGAAUGAAGAUAUAAGUUACAUGAGCUAUUGAAUUUGCGGCUGGAUGUAGCCGGUGUGUUUACUUUGGUACUGCUCGUUUCAACACGAAGGCUACAAUAAAUUUGGUCAUGUAUAUUCUAUCUGAGAAAUAGUUCAUUUUAAGAAAGGAUUUACUUGAGUCCAAGCCAUAAUACACUUAUUUAUUUAUUUAUUUUUUUAUUUAUUUAUUUUUUUUUUUUAAGGAUUUACGAGAGUCCAGGCCAUAAUACACAAUUUUUUUAAAGUCAUACAAUUUUACUUUUUUUAUGCCCAACUUGAUUCAGACAGGGAUUAAAUGGUAAUUCACUACUGUAAUAACAAAAAAAAUCAGCUGCUCUUGUUCACAAAAAAUUGUAAACCAUACUUCCAAUCAUUUACUUUGAAGAAUAUGCAGAGAUUAAUUUGAAGAUGUCUAGAAUCUUCCUCCCUUAAACUGUAUUAUGCAGGGAACAUUUCCUUUGUAAGAUUGCUGUUUCUUGUAAAUUAUUCCUUCAACACUGAUUUAGCAGAGAAAUCCUAUACAUCAGCUUGAUGCUCCUACCACCACACUGUAGUUUAGGUGAAUUCAUCAUCUAAAGAUGAUUCCUUCUGACAAGGAUUUCUCUGCCUAAUAUGUGUUGGAAAAAUUUGCUGUGAAGGAAGGGCAGUUUUAUAAAAGGGAAUGCUAUGUGUAACUAUAUUUAGAGAGAAAAAAAAAAAAAUCUAAAUAAGUGAAAUCCCUCCAGAAAUGUUUAAUCAUCCAACCAAAGAUUCUCUUUUAAACAUUUGUAAUAAAAUUUACCUUGACCCAUUCCAUUCACACCUAAUGAUUCUUCCUAACUUCCUAAGAGGAUGGCUAUGAUAGGGUUCUGCAGGGCAGCAGCUAACUGGUUCAUGAGGCAAUAGCUGGGAAAUACAGCAGAAUGAUUGUAGCCAAAGCAAACCCUGAUAAGAGGAAUUUGUGCUGUGGUUACAUUAGCAACUACUGGCACUCAAUGACUGGGUAGACUGAGACCUGCCAAUGUCCAAAAAAACAGAACCCAGUAAUUCCAACACCACUUGCCACUUCAUACUGCCCAGACUAAUCAAGAGUCAGGUACAGAGGAUUUCCCUACUGCCAACAACACACGUCAGAGGUACACAGACAACCCCAAAGGAAAAUCGUCAAAACACAUCUCCGAGAGCCUCCACACAAGACUACUGUACCAUGCAGACAGCUUUGAGUGUGCCCCAAAACCAGACUUACCCACAGGUAAACUAAGCUCUGUGCCAAUAAUCACUCAUCCAUAGAAAGCCAGUCUCCUUUUAAGAAGCAAAAUAAUGCAGCACUUUUCAAGUCCCAUCAUGUUGACCUAUUUUUCUCAAAUUUUUGUGCGGGUCCACUGAUGGCUGCUGUGGGCACUGUGGUGCACCCAUCCCUCAGGCAGUUGGCCUUGAAGUGUGCCCAUGUAUUUUACUGAGGUCAUACAAUUCUGAACACUUUUGAAGAGGGGAAUAUAAAAGCAACAAUGCUGCUUGGGUCUCUUCUGAAAUACUUUGCUUAGAUUUAACACUUCCAACCAACUAAAUGUAUGAGUUGUUGCCACAAGUGUGAUUUGCUGUUGAUUUUUAGUAUCCCACAGUGUUUCAUUUUCCUGCACUAUAAAAUAAAAGAAUACAGACUUAUUUAGCUAGAAGAAACACCAGUGGAGCCUAGUACCACAACCGACAUUGUCUCUUUGGCCUCUAGUAACAUUAUCGCACCAUUUUAAGUUUUGCUCCGUGUACCUGAUCCUCAUUUUGUAAAUACAGACAGGGCUGUAUGUAGCUCAUGUGAGACUGUGUAUAUAGCAAAUAUAAUUUCUUCAGGAUGGUGUAGUAGCUGUGUGUGUAUAUAAAGUAUUUUAAGUGUGAAGUGAAGACUAACAUUGGAAUAUCAGAAGUUGCUCCUGUACACACUUUCACAUGCACAUGGAUUUGCUAAUACAGUAAGUAAUGACCUGCAAUAUAAUGUGAAUAUCAGAGCAAUUAAUUUUAUUAUAUGUAUAAUUAUAUAUUAUUGAGUACUGAAUAUAAAUUAAUCUAAUAUUAGAAUAUAUCAUGGAUCAAACACUAAUUAAAGGAACAUAAAAGUUUAGAUCUCAGAUAACUCUAAAAAUGUAGAGAUAAAAUUUGUUUGUAUGUAAUUACUGUUAAGAAUUUUUUUUUUCCCAUUAAGAAGUGUUACUGUAGUGACAACAGUGACCCUUGCAUGCAUUCUCAAGAUAAUGUGUUUUGUCAUGUAUACAUAUAUUCAUGAUAGUCUAUAUGAAGCAUGAUAAGAGAGCCUUGUCUUUGUUAAUGCAUUACUCUGAAAGCAUUCAAAUGUAGUAGAGUCACCAGUGGUAGGCAAUGACUCAGUGGAUGUCAAUUUUCAAACACAGCUGCUGUGUGGGGCCAUCCACAAGGCAACCGUGUUCCCUCAGGUUCAAUUGACAAUGAUUGGCUCUUGUUUUAGGUGACUUGUGAGUUGUGCACUGGCAAGACAUUUUAAUAAAUGUAGAGAUGA